AUGGCACUCUCUACCGUCAUUGUUGCGAUAUUUCUGGGCAUUUCGUUUGGUCGUAUUGAUGCAUCACCUGAAUUUGCCUGUGAUUUUGAGGAUGGCACGAUGUGUAGUAUGAAUCUUGUCAGUGCUCCGAUCAAUUUUACUGUAGCUACCGGACAAACGGUGGUUGAUAAAACACUUGGUCCAUCAUAUGAUCAUACAUUCAAUACACCAUCAGGUCAUUUUCUCUACUGGUAUCGAUCUGCUCAGAUUACUCGCGUUCGAGUCGAUGGCUUGAUCGAUGUACCAGCUUUUCUUCUUCAGCCGAAUAUGUGUCUGCGCUUUGCAUAUUACAUCAAUUCAAUUAGUACACCCGAGAAACUGACAGCUCUCGGUGUGACACUUAUUGGCUGUACCAAAAGUCUUAUUUGGUCAACGAAGAUAAUUGAUAGCAAUGGUUGGCAAAUUGUUGAUACAAGACUGCCCGAUACUUAUUGUUCCGCGCUACUCAGUUUCUUUGUCUCUUCAAACGCCACAGCAGGUGUAAGUAUAAGUUUAGAUGAUAUUGUGAUCGAUUUUUGUUCGACAACAACAACGGGACCCAUAGGAACAACAACCGGUUGUGGUGCAGUUUUACAUUAUUCUCAUUUUCUCUUAGUCUUGGCUACUGGUAUUUUCUUCCUAAUCAAUACAUUCUUAUAA